AUGGGGGAUGUUCUGUUUCAAGAAUAUUGUUCUGAUUCAGUGGGUAAAUAUUAGGCUUCAUAAGUCCACAAAGUCCCUCAGACGUUAGUUGUUCAUUAACUCUUUUGUAUAAAAGACUUCACUUCUGUGGAUUUGUCACAUCCAAAAUGGACAGGCAUUUUUUUGUCGCUUGGCUGUUUUUCUUCACUACAAGUAUUUGUGGCACCUGAGGUAAUUGUCCCUUUUUUGAAUUAGACAUGUCUCAUUUGUCUUUAGAAUAUCGGGGAAAUGUACAUGAAUUGCAAUAUCCAAUUUUUUAAACUUAUUUUCAUGUGGGGUUUAGGGUGAUGGCACGUAAUGGGAAGUCCUUAUUCUUGGGCAGCCGAUUUCCAUGACUACUUUCCCUGACCUUACGCUAUUCACAUCAGUAGACUACUCAUGAAUUAGAUUCCCAUCCCCCUCUUUUUAUCAUGUUACCGAAUGCAGUUCGGAAACAUGAAAAAAGAGGGGGAGGGGAAUCUAAUUCAUGUAUGAUUUUAACCUUAAUUUAGUUAACACUACAAUUGAACUGGUUGUCUUAAAUACUGAUGGGAGUAUAUAAACUACUAAUUUAAUUUAUAAUCUGGGAGGAUGCAUAACUCUGUGAUAAGAGUAUCUGCUUUGCAUGCCAAGGGUUCCAGGUUUUCUAGAGCCUGCCAGUCAGUGUAGGACAACAGUGAGCUAGGUGGACUUAUGACCUGACCAGUGGCGUAGUGGAGGGGCAAUUUUUUAGGGCAGGAGCAUGAACAUCAUCUGCCAGAGUGGAAGCCUAAUGAAUGGACUCUCUCCUUGCUCUGACAACUAAAUGAGCUGAUCAAAUCUUGCUCUACAAUAAUACAUUUGGUGUGGAAGAAGUUUGUCUGAAUUCAGAGAAUCUUUUCCACUUCUUCUCUAGAAUGCCAUUGAAAUCUACAGCCUGCAUGUGGACUGCAAAGUUACCUCACGAUAUGCCCACACAGUAAUCACCAGCAGAGUUGUCAACAGAGCGAAUGAAUCCAAGGAGGCUCUUUUUGAAGUGGAGUUACCCAAGUCAGCUUUCAUCACAAACUUUAGCAUGUAAGGCUUUGUAAGCUCAUGUCUGGGGCCUCUUAAAAGAUAGAGGACUUGCUCCAGCCCAGCUAUUCUGUGAAUGGAAGGGCUUCUUCCAGCUGAGGAAGUGAGUUGCAACCAGUAAGCUGUUCCAGUGCCAUCAACCGAACGUCCCAAUGAGUUGGGAGAGGAGGCAAUUUUCACCUUUUAAUUUAUAAAAGCAGAAUCUUACUGAAACUGAAUUCACCUUCCCCCAACAUCACCUCCCACAUGGUUCUGAAGGGUCCCCCCAACUCCAGAGCAGUUUUUUGGGAGGAAUAGGUGGGCUGCAGAAGAGGACAGGGGCAUAAGAGGACAUUACCUCUUUCUAAUGACUUUAACUGUUCAAAACACUGUUUUUUAAGGACAAUAGAUGGAAAAACAUAUCCCGGAAUAAUCAAGGAGAAGAAAUCUGCACAAGAUCAGUAUGACGCUGCGGUUUCACAAGGACAGAGUGCUGGACUGGUCAAGUAAGCAACUCCCCCCGCUGCUGCCAUUGCAGUCAUGGGUAAAGCCAUAGAGAUGAUAGAAGUGUAUAGGAAUAUUUGGAAAGUGGUUUACACCAAGUACUUUACUAGACAUUGCCACUACUUCGUAGCACCACUGACAUCAUUCCCCAAAGCUGAAGCGGGUCAAGAAAAUGCACACUAGACCAAAUGGGUUGAUCAAAUAAUCACACAACAAUACCAAAGGGAAAGGCGAAAAGAAAUAGUCACCAAACCUGAUGUUGUGAGCAAAAAUUGUCCCUAAAUGCAGGCCAACUGUGAUCAUUAAGCAAAGCAUUAAGGACAAGAUGGGUUGGAGCCAAAGUUCUGCUGAUUUACUAGGUCUCUUCUGCCUCUGUCUCUCUUGCCUUGCACCUGCUCAGAAGCCUCUGCUAAAUGUCAGGUGCCCUCAGUGUAAGCUGUGGCUUGGGACAGCAGCAAUGGAAGGGUGGAUUGUGAAAAUAAAGUGAAGGGACCUUGCGAGAACAGGGCUCCAUUUCCCACUGCAGUUUACUGUGUAGCAGCUGUACUGUUUACAACUGUCUCCUCACAUCCCAGAAAGGGCUUUCAGGAGCUGCAAAGGAGGUGAAAGAUUCCAUCAUGCAAGUGGCAUUUUGCUCACACAGUUGCAGAUCCAACCCAAUAUUCUUAGAACCUAAGUCUCAAUUCACUCUAUCUCCAUUUUACAGUCCUAGCAGCAUGCCCAAAUUAUAACAUUCUAAAGAGUGUAGAUUUGACUACAUUAUAAUCGAUCUAAAAGAGCUAUUGGUGGCUUUCAUGAAGUAGACCCGCUAAGGGUUAUAGACACCAUAUCAAACACUCACUGGUAUUGCAUAGUGAUGUCACUGAAGUUCAAGUAUUUCAAAUAUGAACUUUACAAAUGAUAAUGUUCAGCUGCAUCAUGAAUUGACUGUUGUUUCCCUGAGACGUUUCCCCCCAGCAAGGAUUCUUGGAGACUGUCACUUCUUGAGAGGCUUUUAGUAUUCAGAAAAGACACCAGAUGUUCUAGAAAUGUCAUGUCCCAAGUUUUUGGAAGUUCAGCAGCGUCCUAUCCACGAGAAGACCAGGGACAGGUAGCUUGCAGAGCUCUUAACAUCCCUAUUCCGGUGCUCUAGAACAGUCAAAUUUCCAUGAAACUGUGGUGCUUUGGCUGCUGCUAUUUCAGUACUCCAUGGAUGAAUGAAGGAAACCAUUGAUUCCAUUUACCUCUACAAGACAAACUACAUCUGUCAGAAUUCCCUCUUACACACAACUAUUAAAAGUAUAAGAGGCCUGCCUUCAACAUCUCCACUCCAGUAUCAGUGCAAGUAUACUACACUACUUCGAAAUCCAGUAUCACAUGAGUUGACUUCUACUCAUGUAGUGGGACAUCUCAUUCUUCUUCUCCCCCUUGCAGGCCCCUUUGCCUUCCAAAUCUGUUCUUGAGUGUCCCCAUAUCUUCUGGAAAAGAUUUGUGGGACACAAACAGCAUCUGCAGGGGAAGGAGAUGAAGGAAACAUCUCGUGGCACACGGAAGUCCAUUCUGCUAGUGGAUGGGCACAACUUAAUAUCACUCACGAGUUCAUUUCCCAGACAAACUUGAGCAUGAGCUGCCAAAUUCUUGCAUAAAGCCUAAAUUCCUCAUUUCCCUUCAGAUCAACUGGAAGAAAACUAGAACAGUUUCGUGUUUCAGUCAAUGUUGCAGCUGCUGCCAAAGUUAACUUUGAACUCACAUACGAGGAACUUCUAAAGCGAAAGCUGGGAAAGUACGAACUGCUGAUCAAGGUCAAGCCCAAACAACUUGUUAAACACUUUCAGGUAAAUUCUUGGAAGAGGCUCUUUCUAUAAAUGACACCAAUUGCUGGCCCCAUGUUGUAGCUGAAGGUUAUGACUCUGAAGCAUCUUUUUAUUUUCUUCAGAUUGACACCCACAUAUUUGAACCACAAGGUAUAAGUGCAUUGGAAACUGAGAGCACUUUCAUCACCAAUGAACUGAACAAUGCUCUAACAAAGGUGCAGAAUGAGACAAAGGUAUGCAUUAUAGGGACUACAAGACUUAGCAUGCUUUGUAAAAAAAAGAAAAAUCACCGGCCCUCCUAUUCUAGCUUGACUGAUUGUUUGCUUUUGUGGCUCUUAUUUAGGCCCACAUUUCAUUUAAACCAACCAUAGAUCAACAAAGAAAAACCCCUGGAGUGGAUGACACACUGCUCGAUGGAGAUUUUCUCAUACGUUAUGAUGUUAAAAGGAGUGAGACUGCAGGUGAUAUACAGGUAAAAAAUUACUGAGAAUUCAGAGUAAUAGGCAUCACUUAGCUAAAUUCAGGGGGGGGCAUAGGAAAAGGCCUAUUUACAAAUUGUAUAAUCUUAGUUUCAGGCAGCAACCCCUAAACCUUUGUUUGAAAAAGAACCAGAACUGAAUUGUAGCAUAAUCUUCUUCCUGAAAUUUAGAUAUUCCAGUCAGUUUUCUAGGUUCUUUAGUAAGAAAGAGAACAGCAACUUCCUUUAGACAAACAGUUGUUGGCUUCUCAUUUUCCUAGUCUUCAUGUAGUCUAAGGACAUCCCUACAGUAAUUUCACCACAGAAAACUAACUGCAAAGGCAAAGGGUCUCUAAUCUCAGUUUAAAAGACAAAUAUUUUGUCUCUAGGAACACAAAACCUGUUGACAUACCAGUAAAGCAGGUGUGUUUAUCUAAAAGGCUGGUUUAAGCUGCAAUCCUAUGCUCACUUACCUGGGAGAAAGCCCUGUUGAACUCAAUGGGACUUACUUUUCAGUAGACCUAUGUAGGUUUCCACUGCUUAUUGCUUUGUCUUCAGUUCAUCUGCUCAGAAAUUUCUAGAAGUCAAGAUCCAAGUUUGGGGCAAGGGAGAACUCCAGCAGAGAUUUAACAUGGCAAAACAUGCAGCAAAGCAAAGUGUAAAAAUAUCGGAUGUAAAUCCUUAAAAUGUGCCCUUUUCAGCGAAUUCCGAAAUGUCUCCCUUUAAAAUGUCCUUCCAAAUUUUUCCACUUCCCCUGGCAUAGAAAAAGACCACAUCUGGUAAAUUAUAAAAAUGGUUUACAGCGGUACCUCAGGUUACAGAUGCUUCAGGUUACAUACGCUUCAGGUUACAGAUGCUUCAAGUUACAGACUCCGCGAACCCAGAAAUAGUACCUCGGGUUAAGAACUUUGCUUCAGAAUGAGAACAGAAAUCGGGCGGCGGCGGCACGGCGGCAACGGGAGGCCCCAUUAGCUAAAGUGGUACCUCAGGUUAAGAACAGUUUCAGGUUAAGAACGAACCUCCAGAACAAAUUAAGUUCUUAACCCAAGGUACCACUGUACUUACAAACUCUCCUUGGGUCAGAUAAAUGUGCCUACUAUAAAGGAUUCAGAAAAGUUGCAGGGCAGCAAAAUGUAGCUUGUUUACAAAAUGCUAAAAGCUCCUAAACCAGGCAUAGGCAUACUUGGCCCUCCAAAUGUUUUGGGACUACAUUUCCCAUCAUCCCUGACCACUGGUCCUGUUAGCUGGGGAUCAUGGGAGUUGUAGGCCAAAAACAUCUGGAGGGCCGAGUUUGCCUAUGCCUGUCCUAAACUAUUGGUAUAGGAAAAUGUUUGUUUCACACUCCAUACUUGUCUCAAACAAAAGAGGCUGCAGCUCAAAGCUCCUCACACACCCAUGUUCACAUGUAGACUGAAGGAACGAAAGCUUGGUUACCUAUUUCCUUCCAGGGUGAGGGGAAGCUACAUAGGCUAAACCUGCUGGGACAGGUUACUCUAUGACCUUAACCCCUUCAUGCAUUAAUUAGAUUCAAGCAUGCUGGUUAUAUGAGGCUGGAUUAGAAGCUGUGAAGGCAGAAAAUAGCCAUUGUGGCUAUCAAUAGCCUUGUCCUCUAUGAAUUUGUCUAAUCCUCUUUUAAAAGCAUCCAAACUGGUGGCCAUCACAGCUACCUGUGGGAGAAGUUCCAUAGUUGGACUUAUUUUAUACACUGCCGUGUUGAGAUAUGAAUGUGUAUAUCUGAAGCUGAGGCUCCAAUACUUUGGCCACCUCAUGAGAAGAAGGGCCUCCCUGGAAAAGACCCUGGUGUUGGGAAAGAUUGAGGGCACAAGGAGAAGGGGACGACAGAGGACGAGAUGGUUGGACAGUGUUCUCAAAGCUACCAGCAUGAGUUUGACCAAACUGCGGGAGGCUGUGGAAGACAGGAGUGCCUGGCGUGCUCUGGUCCAUGAGGUCACACAGAGUCGGACACGACUAAACGACUAAACAACAGCAAUAUAUGAAUACCACUUGUUUUGUUUUCAGAUUGUUAAUGGAUAUUUUGUGCAUUAUUUUGCACCCAGUCAAAUGCCAGCAUUUCCCAAAAACGUGGUCUUUGUCAUAGACACGAGUGGAUCUAUGAGUGGGAAGAAAAUACGGCAGGUAAUGUUUUUCCAAAUAGAAAAUGUUCUAGUGUUUGUGCCAUGCUACGCCAACGGUAUGUUAAUUACCAGUGACAAUAGCAGUAUCUCUUUGACAGUCACAAUGAAUCUUUAUGGAGUCUGCUAUCCCACAGCAGGACCAAACUGCUCCUCUCUUUGAGAUUUGAGAGCUGAGGCACAUAAGAACAAGUGUUUUAGCUCCUUAGAGCCUUGCUCAUUUACAGUAGUUUGGACUUAGUCCCUGUCCUAUUUUUCAAGCCCACUGCCUCCUUGGCUGUUUAUGCAAGAUAGCCUUUAAAGUAAGGAAAGCAGUAUUGUAGGACUGCCAAUUCCCAGGGUCCACACAUUCCGUUGUUCUCUCACUGGUACAAUAGGUUUUUCUGGCUUUUGUAGCACCUCAAGCAUCUCCCAGGAAAAGCUAGGCCACAUUCUGGAAAUCAGUUGGGUCUGUGUGUGCAUAAAGCACUGGAGAUGCAUCACCCCUAUUGCUACAACCCUAGAAUUGCCUUUCUGGGAGGAAUCUCAAAGGGCAAGAGAGGUACAGCAGUGCAUGAUGUGUAACGACACAUUGCCACACCUUCUCUUGACUGAAUUUACUUUAGAAGACCAGCAGCAGAGCAUGUAAAUUCUACUACAGUCUGAAACCAGCCACACAGUACCACCUCAUCAAGUAAACUUCCCGGAUAAAUUGCUUUCUGUCAAGUCAAUUUACUUAAGAGAAGGCCACAAGCAUGCUGUUUAAAGAGGACAUAGUCCCUUGUCUUGUCUUUUUUUUCUAGACCUUAGCAAAUGAUAUUAAAGAGGGAUGUUAAUGGCCUAGGAUGAAAUUUAAAAUGGGAACCAAAUCAGUUACAACACAGACCAAAGCAGUUGUUCUGGGACACACCUUGCCCACAGCAACUUCUACAUGCAGGGUCCUUCAACCUGCUUCAUGGGCUACAUUUUUUCUGCACAAAACCACUUCCAUAUUGGGGGGAAAAAAGAAAAAUACAUAGUUGUUUGGCUGCAGUUCUGUGUCCACUUACUGGGGAAUAAGUUCCAUUAAAUGCAGGGGGACUUCUAUAUGAGCAGACAUGCCAAGGAUUAGGCUGCUAGACCCAUACUCUGCAGAAAUAGUUAUUUAAAUAUAAGUCUAAUGUUAAGUUUCUGAUUCUGUGACUGGAAAUUGCAUUGCUUUAUUACUUUUUAUAGACAAAAGAGGCAAUGAAAAAGAUUUUGGAAGACCUUAAUCCUGAAGAUUACUUUAGCUUAGUUCUCUUUAGUGGAACUGUGAGGUUAUGGACUUCAUCUUUGUUGCAAGCUACAGAGGACAACGUGGAACGGGCUAAACGACAUGUUGAGACCAUUUCUGCUGGAGGAUGUAAGUUUGUCAACUGAACAGACUUGUCAAGUUUUUCAGCAGAGUUUUAAUCAGAAAUGCUCACUGCAGUAUAUUUUAAAAGUCCAUACCUAAUUCUCAGGUGUUCAGUUUUUCAUUCAACAGCUUCUUAUUUUUUAUGCUCAGAAAUAUGACCAUAUUCCUCCUCUAUAAUUGUUCAGUGUAUUAACUCCCAUUUGCAUACUGUAUGUCUAAACUUGCUCGUCUCCUGAUUUUUCUUUGUGGACUUAGUGCUAUUUUAUUUUCUUUAAGCCCUAGAUUUCUACUAGUCUAGGUCUUUUUGCUUUCUUUCCCCAUAUCCCCAGGGCAACAUCUUGCCUUCGAUGCAGGAGCAAAUGCCCACCAAGGUGCCAAGUCAAGAUAUUUUGGCACAAGAAAUAGAAUAUCCCACAAGGGCCUCUCCUCCCACCCCAGCAAUUAAACAUUGCAGUAAUAAUGCAAGACAUGCCAAAGCACUUUAUUGAGAACUCAAACAACCCUUAGGCAUGAGAAAAGGCCCAUCAGAAAUCUAUAGCAUUAUCCACCCUAGCGCCUAGUUUCUAGAGCAUUUUUCUAAGGCCUGGGUUAAAACUCUGCCAGACCUUGGCAAACUGGAACACACAUAAAACAUGGGCUGGGUGAAAAUAAAGCCUUUAUUUAUUUAUUUAUUUAUUUAUUUAUUUAUUUAUAUAACAGCAACAUUAAGAUUGAAUGAAAUUAAUUUGCCUGUUUCUCUUAAUUCAGUUGUGAAACUAUUGACUGUACCCAGUGAUUUCAGUAACUUUGCAUUUAUUUCUUUUGUGUUUGUCUUCUUUGUAUGUUCAAAACUCAUGGACUGGAUUUCACAAUAUUGCAAAUAAGAAAUGAAAUAACCAUUAACUGGCUGCCUUUUCAAGACUGUCUAACUGUUGGGAUGGCCCUGGCUGUCUCUCUCCCUCCAUACCUUUGAAGCCUCCUCACUAGAUCGCUGAAGAACAAUAUAAAUCUCUGGUCAAAUCCACUGACCUGUUUUCUUUCCCAUUACAGCAACAGAUAUUAAUGGUGCUCUUCAGAAGGCAAUACACUCACUGGACAAAGACACCACAGCUGAGCUAUUGCCAGACCAAAGCAUUUCCAUGAUAAUUUUGCUGACAGACGGUCAACCUACUACUGGUGAGUUAGAAACAGCAAAGCCACACAUUCUGCUAUUAUUUUCAUUUAUAUUUUUUAUUUUUAAUGCAUACUUAUCAACAAUUACUUUAAUUAGACAUUUUCUGUGUGUGUGUGUGACCCCCUUUUCAAGCUCCUACUUCUCUUUCUCUUCAACAAUUGGCAUUUUCAAACCUUCCAGUAAAGAUUCUCCCAAUAUCUUUGGAUUUGGUUUUUACAAGCCCCUUAAACAUUCAACAUAUCCAUACAAUUGACAAAGAGAUAAUCAAAUAAGCAAAAAAGUCUAAACAGAGGGAGGAGGAUGCUAAACAGAGAGGAGCUGAAGAAUCACACACAGACUGAUCCUCAGCAGAACUUUCUUCAAGCAGUUACAGCCUAAGUGGGAACACAGAAUAUCCUCCAGACAUCAGCUUGCUGUAUAAGUCUACAAAAUUUCCUCAUGUUUUAUAACUCUCUUUCACACCUUCAUUUACUUCGGACUCACUAGAUUGUAUGACUGCCAGAGGGGGGGAAAAACAAUAUAGCCUUUAUCUGGCUACAAUAUAGUACUCCUGCAGUUUCUCAAUAAGAAACAGGAAGUCCUAAAUACAAAACAUUUUUCUUGGUACAGAAGAAAUAUAUAUUAUAGUUGAACACCGAUAUCCAAUAUUUGCUUCUGAAAGUUUUUUCUUUAAUUGAAAAAUCAGUGGGUGUUUGUAAACUCAUUAAUUUUUUUAUACUCCCAACAUCUGCUUGUUUCUUUCAAAAUGCUGCAUAUUUAAUUAUUUUAUCAGUGGCUGGGGUGCGUUCACAUUUUAUACCCAUAUAUGACAGGUGAAACAAACAUUGAUAGGAUUCAAAGAAACAUACGGGAAGCUAAUGAGGGGAAGUACUUCCUCUACUGCCUUGGCUUUGGAUUUGACGUCAGCUACACAUUUUUGGAGAAGAUGGCUUUAGAAAAUGGGGGAGUGGCUCGCCGUAUAUAUGAGGACUCAGAUGCAGCCUUGCAGCUCCAGGUAGGGGAGAAACAACAAUCAAAACAUAUACAUAUGUUUUAAAUGAAGAAUCUCAAAACUGUCUUCAGGUAGGCCAAAAUAUUUCUCUAUGGAAAGGAAUUCAGUGUUGUGCUAUAAGUUAAAAGGUAGGUAAAGGACCCCUGGAUAGUUAAGUCCAGUCAGAGGCGACUAUGGGGAACAGCGCUCAUCUCACUUUCAGGCCGAGGGAGCUGGCGUUUGUCCACAGACAGCUUUCCAGGUCAUGCGGCCAGCAUGACUAAACCGCUUCUGGCACAACAGAGCACCAUGACAGAAACUCGAGCGCACGAAAACACUGUUUACCUUCCCACUGGAGCAGUACCUAUUUAUCUACUUGCAACAGUGUGCUUUUGAACUGCUAGGUUGGCAGGAGCUGGGACAGAGCAAUGGGAGCUCACCCUGUUGCAGGGAUUUGAACCGCCAACCUUCUGAUUGGCAAGCCCAAGAGGCUCAGUGGUUUAGACCAUGGCGCCACUGCGUCCCUUGUUGUGCUAUGGAAAACGUUCCGUCAACACGGAGCCUUCCCCUUUCUGUUUCCUAUGCAUGCUGUUCUGGGGGCUCUCCUGAGCACCCCAGAGCCAAUUUUGGAGGGUGUGGGGGCACACGGAGGAAGGAGAGUGGGGGAGAGUCUCAUUGCAUUAACAGAAGCAUUUGUGCAGGCUUUUGCCAAUGGGAUUUGUUCCUGUGGUUACCUUUUCUGUCUGUCUCAUUCAAGGGCUUUUAUCAUGAGGUAGCUACACCUAUCCUGAAAGAGAUUGAAAUGAAGUACCCAGACAAUGCCGUACUGGAAAUAACUCAGAAUAAUUUCAAGCUGCUCUUUGAUGGCUCUGAAAUUGUUGUAGCUGGAAAGCUCGGCAAUGACGUUGAUGAUCUUCCUGUGGAAAUUAAAGCUAAAGGAGUAAGUACUGAGGGGGGGGGGGAAUGGCUUCUUUUGUAUGAACAACUUUGGGCUGCAUACAAUGUUGGGUCCCCAACAUUCUGUGAUAUAUCCUGCUUUGAAACUAAAAACUCUGUGUCAGGUAUGUCCCCUCAAAGAAGCUCAUCAACAAUUUUGGCUACCCUAAAAAAAAGCUCAACAACUUUGACCUGAACCUGAGUCUCUUAGGAGUUGGCUACCCCUGCUCUAUUCUUUUCCUUUUAUGUUUUUUUAAAGUAUUUGAAAUUCUUUAAAGGAAAAAAUCCUUCAUCCAAAUAUCCCAGGGAAGCUCACAAUAGAAAAAUACGAAAUGAGAAUACAAAAUACAUAAUAAAACAGAUAUAAAAACAAACCAUUGACGCUCCCUCCCACAAACACAUUUAAGAAGCCAUAGAAGGUUAAUCAGCCGAAUGCCUGUUGAAAAGAAACAUUUUUGCCUGGCGCCUAAAGAUAUGCAACCAGGGGCGUAGCAGGGAGGGGGCUGAUGGGGCAAUCACUCCAGGCACAUGGGGGGGGGGGCUGCUCCAGCCCCCUUCCCUGAGCCAGCCCUGAACUGCUUUGCAAGACCCCUCGGGGAGGGCAGCACGAGGGGGACACUGCAGUCAUGCACCCUUGAAUCCCAGCCUCUCCACAAAAACAUGAGCUCACAAUUGUCUUCUUUCUAUUGUUUUAUUCAUCAUUUGUUCAUUUUAUGAAUGCAAUAGAUGCCUACUCUUCUCUCUCCCCUCCAAUUUUAAAAGUUUGCUUAAAUAGGUUUUCCCCUCUAACAUCAGUUUGUGUAGAAAACAGUAUUUGUUGCUUAUACAGUGGUACCUUGGGUUAAGUACCUAAUUCGUUCCAGAGGUCCGUUCUUAACCUGAAACUGUUCUUAACCUGAAGCACCACUUUAGCUAAUGGGGCCUCCUGCUGCUGCUGCGCCGCCGGAGCACGAUUUCUGUUCUCAUCCUGAAGCAAAGUUCUUAACCCAAGGUACUAUUUCUGGGUUAGCGGAGUCUGUAACCUGAAGCAUAUGUAACCUGAAGCGUAUGUAACCCGAGGUACCACUGUAUUCAGACUGAGUGUUACUUUGAAUAACUCGCACUCUCCGCUCGUUUUCCAGCAUGCCAGUGAACUUACUCUUAAAGAAGAGGCAAAUAUAAGAGAAAAGGAGCAAGUAUUUCAGCAUCAGAAAUACAUCUUCGGAAAUUUCAUUGAGAGAUUAUGGGCCUAUUUGACAAUUCAACAGCUACUAGAAAAAUCGUAAGCUAAUAGUAGUGUGGCAAACUACCCCAAUCUCCAAGCAGUGUGAGAUUACAGGGGUUCUGUGUGCUUAUCUAGGGUUCAUGCUUCCCUUGGAAUGAGACUGUGGUGUCUUUAUGAUACAGUCAUACCUUAGUUGUAAAAUGGAAUCAGUUCCAGAAAUCUGUUCGACUUCUGAAAACGUUCAACAACCGAAGUACAGCUUCCAGUUGGCUGCAGGAGCAUCCUGAACUCAAUCGAACGCCACGUCAGAUGUUCAGGUUCCAAAGAACGUCGCAAACCAGAACACUCACUUCUGGGCUUGCAGCGUUUGGGAGCCAAAACAUUCGGCUACAGAAGCGUUCAGGAUCCAAGGUAUGACUGUAUAUGGUUUAUUUACACAUACAUACAAACACAGCCUCUGAUGGAGGGGUUCACAGCAUUAACUCCUCAAGAGGAUUAUUCUUCUCCUAUAGCCACAACCUUGGAUCCCAACAGAAAUCAGGCAUGGCUCUCUCUCUCUCUGGCUACCCGGCCCACAGCUUUGCUUCCAGAUUCUAGCUCCCAUGACUUAACUCCCAACCCUGGCCUUUAUCUUUCUAACUACCAGCAAGUUGCGGGGGGGGGCACCCAUUUGCUAUCUGGCACAUAUCCACUUCUUUUGUUACCUUAACAGUCCAUGACCUCACCAGGAAGCUAGCCUGGCUAUUCCAGGAAUUUGAAUCCUUGAUUUGUUUUUAACACUUGCUGAAUCCAGGGAUUAGAAGGGUUUCGGAUUCAGCCUACUCCCUCACAACUCAUAACACAAUGUAAAGUGAGUAAUAGUUGCUUAGUGACUUGAGAAACACUUCUUUCUGCAAGAUCUUGGCUCAUGCUGAUAAUCCCUUGGCUUUCAUUAUUGUAGUCACAUCCACACCAUAUAUUAAAAAUUGAUAUUUUAUUGAAAAAUUUUCAAUUACAAAACAAUAAAGUGAUGCAGAAAGGGAAAAAGAACAAAGAACAAAACACACAACUGUGUAAAGGAGGCAAAAGCAUUAUAUGAAUACAUACAAAAAUACCCUAACCCAUACAUUAUUUUAUAUAUUUGAUAUUAAUCUAAAACUAAAGUAAAUAUAUAUUUAAAGCUCAUAGGUUCCUCCACAGAAUCCCAGGAAUAUAGUUUGUUAUAGGUUCUGGCAAUUGUGAGGAAAAUUACAUUCACACAAUUCUUUGGGAGAAGCCAUGACUGUAUAAAUGUGCUUUAAAUAUAUUGUGUGGCUAUGUCUGUUUCAGUGAGAGGGUGUAAAUCAUAGCAGGUUGUAUCAAACUCAAUUACUGUGCACAUGAAACAAUGUCUGCAAGCACAGCACAACUCCUCCCCAUCUUCUCCCCUUGCUUGUCCACCAAAUCUAUUCUGGGUUCCCCCACCCCAAACCCUUCAGAGCAGGUUAGAGGCUGGUGUAGGGGGCCCAUGGGGGUAGGAGAAGGAGGGGAAGCCCUGUUACACUUGUGGGUGUUGUUCUGUGUGUGCAGUUAUCUAGUUGGAUACAAGCCAACAUUCCUAACAUAAAACCCAACGCAUAUACGUAAGUCUCUGUAUUUUGUUUCACUGGAUCAUGUGUAGAAAGCAGACAGUGCAGAUUUUGCCUCUGUAUUCUAGUGCUUCAGCUGAUGGAGAACAGCGGGAAAACCUGGAAGCUCAAGUUUUGAACAUCUCCUUGAAGUUUGGAUUUGUUACACCCUCACUUCCAUGGUGGUCACCAAACCUGAUGCUCAAGAGGUGGCAAACAAGCCUACAGAGGCAGGUAACUCAGAACAAAUUGCUCCCAUCUCAAACUGAAGUGAUUCAUGCAUUUAUCUUUUGAAUCUCAUCCAAGUUCAGUGCUAGAAGAAUGAGUUGAGAGCUCUGGCUAUGCGGGCGUGUUGGGAGAGUGGUAAAACAGUCAGAUAGAAGUAUAAUUAUUGAGACAAGGAUAAUGAUAAAUGUAGCUUAUAAUUAUGUGAAGAAAGGUGAAGUCACUGAUGUGAUAGCACUGGUAUGUUACUGGUGCUGAAUAUACCUUUCAUAGAAUCAUAAAACUGUAGAGUUUGAAGGGAUGCCAGAAAACACAACUAAAGAAUCCCUGGCAGAUGGCCAUCUAACCUAUGUUUAAAAACUUCCAAUGAAGGAACGUCAACCACUUUCGAAGGGAGUCCAUUCCACUUCUGUCAGAAGUUCUUGCUGAUGUUUAUUUGGAAUCUCCUUUACUGUCAUUUGAAUCCAUUGGUUCAUUGGUUUCUGGAGCUGCAGAAAACAAGCUUGCUCCAUCUUCCACAUGACAGCCCUUCAGAUAGUUGAAAAUGGCUGUCAAAUCACCUCUUAGUCUUCUCUUCUCCCAUCUUAACACCCAAUAGCCUCAAUCAUUUCUCAUAAGGCUUGGUGGCCAGACCCUUGAUCAUCUUGGUUACCCUCCUCUGCACAUGUUCCAGCUUGCCAAUAUCCUUCUUAAACUGUGAUGCCCAGAAUUGGACACAGGACUCCAGGUGUGGUCUGACCAAGGCAGAAUAGAGUAGGACUAUUACUUCCCUUGGGGACACGGGUGGCGCUGUGUGUUAAACCACAGAGCCUAGGACUUGCCGAUCAGAAGGUCAGCGGUUCGAAUCCCCACAACGGGUGAGCUCCCGUUGCUCAGUCCCUGCUCCUGCCAACCUAGCAGAUCAAAAAGCACGUCAAAGUGCAAGUAGAUAAAUAGGUACCACUCCGGUGGGAAGGUAAAGGGCUUUUCUGUGUGCUGCUCUGGUUCGCCAGAAGCAGCUUAGUCAUGCUGGCCAUAUGACCUGGAAGCUGUAUGCCGGCUCCCUCAGCCAAUAAAGCGAGAUGAGUGCCGCAACCCCAGAGUUGGUCACGACUGGACCUAAUCAGGGGUCCCUUUACCUUUAUUACUUCCCUUGGUCUGACAAUAGAAAAUAGUGUGAAAUGCUUAGAAUGAUAUAAUAGGCAGACUCUUUGGCAUUAUUCCUGAUUUGGUUUGUGGUUUUCAGCAAUAGAAUUUGGUGAGUGAUUGUCUGUUAAGUCAUACUGAGACCCAUUAAAAUCCAAUAACUUCAUUAAUAAGUAACUUAAGUCUAUUGAUUUCUAUGAAUCUAGAAUGAGUAUGAGGAACGUUGGUGACAUAUCUUUUCUGGUUUCCACUGAGCAAUUUAUGUACGCCAAAACUGUGAAAUCGUACUAUUGUUGUGAAAUAGUUUUCUCAAAAAGGUCAAUCAAGAAAGGUGACAGAUUAGCACACAUUACUUCCCAAUAGCACCAAAAGGCUAUGGCAUAAUUCGAGGGGGCAAACACAGGAGAAAUAAAAAUUGAGAUGGAGCUUACAGUCCAUUGAAGCUGUCUUUGUUUCUUUGACCAGAUAAUGAGAAUGUAAACACUGCUGCAGAUCGAAUGUUUGGUAUGUAAUCUGAUUCAACAAUUAAAUACCAAUAACUUAUUCCUAAGAAUUUCUAUACUGUGAGAAAAAUGAUCUAACCAUGAGACUCUCUCAUAGGCAUGAAGAAAGCUUCUAGAAUCGUAGGAGGUAGCGAUCCUCUUGACACCUCCUGGAGUUAUGGUAUGAAAUCUUCACGAAUUUACUGCUACAGCUCCACAGUCUGUUUUCUGGAGUGUUGAGAACUGAGGCACUUAUCUCUCUCCUGUACAGAAGUUGCAGAGUCACUAAAAAUCCGCCAACAGCAAUGCUGAAGUCAUAUGGGGUUAGAGUGGCUCUGUUUCUCUCUGGAGAUGCGGAGCCAGAAGGAGGGUUUGUCUUCGUGUGCCAUUGGACACAGCCAUGUGAAGUUGGACACACAAUGUGUGCAGUUGGAAAAAGGAGGGGAGGGAACUAGAAGGAUUAUAUUUAUGUCAGGGAUAGUAUGGACACAAAUUGUAUUAGGGUACAAUGUGCUUUGCUUCCAUACUUACGCAUAUUGAAACACUUCCUUCUUUUUCAGUAAGAACAUCUUGGUCAGCGCAAAUAGGUAACGGUUUCGAUUUCCAUCCACAAUAUCUUCUACCCGAUAUUCAAGAUACCGGUAAUGCUCCAUCACAUUCUUGUAUGGUUUAGGCUUAUCUUGCCCUCUGUGUUCCUUCUUCUGCAGCCAUUGUAAAAUAGUUGGUCCCUGGGAGCCAAUGGUGGCAUAUUAUAAUGGACGUAAAAAUUACAGCUUUCUGUUUCCACAGAUGGUUGGGCCUGCCUCCUACUUUUAAGUACAGGACUCUCUGUGCCAGUGCUAUGGGUUUGGCCCCAAGUAUGCAGACAGGACAACAUUAGUGUUCUUGUAAUUUGGUGAUUGCAAAGAAUUGGACCUUUCCUCUCAAAUCAAUGGAGUAUACACUCUUAGCACACUCAAUGCACAAUAUUUAAGAAUUAAAGAUUAUUUGUUUUUUUGUUUUCUUGGAGGAGUGCUACACUCACCAUUUUCUUCUCCCUGCUCCCUACAGCUGGGUAUGCGAGGCAGAGAAAACUACUACUAAUUUGAUAAUCCCUUUUCUCUUUCUUAAUCUCAUGAUGGUGAGUUUGAUUCCUGCAUUGCAGAGAGUUGGACUAGAUGACCCUUGGGGUCCCUUCCAACUCUAUGAUUCUAUCAUUAAUCAGUUUUGUGAGACUUUGGUUUUUGUGUAAUUUUCUUAGUCGCAACUUGAGGCAGAGAUAGCCUUGGGAAGGAUUGCAAGUGGGGAGGGUCUCUGUAUGGGGUCCUGAGGUCCUUGCUCCCAACUAGAGCUUCCAGGUUUUUGCUUUCCCUUCAUGGGUAAGGGAUUGUGAAUAGCUGCUUUAUAAUUGGCUUAGCGUUGCUUCCAGGUGAUAAGUUAUUGAGCAUUCAUCCUCAUUUGUUUGCAGAAUGUUUUCAGGGAGGUUAUAUAAUGGCUCUGGUUUAAGAUUUACUCUGAUUUGUUUGCAGGGAGGUUGUACAGUGCUGCAUCAAAAAUUUGUUAUCUCACAAUUUCCAGUGCUUUUUCCUGCCACAUUCUUUACUGCAAAAAGUCUCUCUCUGUGUGCAAGAGCAUCAAAUAUGCUUUAGUUGUGCAACCUGAAUUUGUCAGUGUGAAAUUGCAUGACACCCACAAAAUGUUAAGUUCAGUGUUCUUGGGAAAGGAGGAAUGCUUAUUUUUCCCCCUUGAGAAUAAAUAUGCAUGAAGCUGCCAGUGUUCACUUUCUGAGUGUUUUUGCCUGGCAGAUUUUGCCCUGUUUCAGGGACAUCAAGUGGCAUUUCUCCUAGAUGAAUCUUUCAGCCAAAUGUAGUUGGCAAUUGAUAUACAGUAUUUAAAAGCCACUUGGCAGUAUUGUUUGCUGCAUAGUGAUUGUGAUUUAAAAAAUAUAUUAGGACAAAUUUUUAGGGGUAGCAAUGUGUCCCUAUACCUUAAGUGGGACAUGUUAAAUAAAAAUAAGAAUCCUGCUAAAUAAAAAUACGAAUCCUGUUAAAUAAAAAAUAAGAAAAACAAAAACAAAAAACAGAACCCCAGUCCAUAUGACCAGCGAUGAGACAUGAUGGAAAUCAUAGUCCAAAAUCUCUGGAGGACACCAGGUUAUGGAAGGUUGAUCUACCUAUGUAUAUACCUAUGUAGUAUAACAGCAGAAAAUUAACAAUUUAUAUAUUUUUGGGUUAUUUAGAUUAUGCGGAUUAUUCAUACACGUUGCUGGGGAGUCACCCAGGUGAGUAAUUCACACUUUAUUCUCUAUUAAUAUAUUUUCCCCUCCAUGAGGUGUUUCAGAUAUGGGUACAUGUAUUUGGAAUCCCACUGGUAAGGUGGAGGGGAGCAACAUUCAAGACUAAGUGGGGAAAUGUUUGGUGAGGAACAGGUUAAGCAGCACCCAGGCCACUCCUCAGAACAAAUUCAAUCCCCCAGCAUCCCCAGGUGGGGCUUGGAAGGACUUCUGCCUGGAACCCUGCAGUCAGUGUAGACAGUCCUGAGACAGAUAGAUCAAUGGCCUGACUCAGUAUAAAGCAGCUCCUCUCUUCCUAAAUUCGCAGCCUUCUGAGGUUGCUGUUCUUUUUUAUAUAAAAAAACCCCCACAGACAACCUUUUCAGGUUUGUUAAGAGUGUGUGUGUAAUAUGUAGCAUGUGUGAUUUGGGAAUUGAGAAAACUCAAAGUGUUACCUUCCUUAGUGCUUGUCCUGUCUCUAUCGCUUAAUUUUAAGUCCACUCUACGAGGGCUUUGUCAUAUAUGAGCAGGAUGACUUUGGGCCACCAGCCACCAUUUGGAAUCAAUAUGGAAGACCCAAAUAUAGCUUUGACAUGACUUCACUGAAGGUUUGGCAAGAAAGGUCCAAACUCACAAAUUGCACUAUUAAAAAUGACAAUAUUUUUUGGUUUCUACUGAUUCCUAGGCAACGUUCAGUCUCUCCCAGACACUGUUAAUGAGUAUCCAAGUUUCAUUCUUCAACUGACUCAUGAAAAAAAUCCCAUUUGUUUAAAUAUCAAUGGACAGUUGCAAACACCCAUAAUCCUGCUAACUGAUACAGACAAAGGUAAGCCUUCUAAUGUAAGCUGCUGUCAACUCCCCAACUUUCAUGUCAAGCAUUUUGGUUGUUUCCAGAAAUCUGUGUGAGUGCAUUUUAUUUGACAAUGAAAUACAUCAAAACUACUGACCAGGGAAUUCUCAACACUAUUGGUCUUGUAGAGCUUACACUGAAAAAUGUUGUGACAUGGUUUUCUGUUGCUAAUAUCAUGCAUUAGUCAGAAUACGUGGUUUUACAUGUCUCAUUCCAGUUGUUCAAAGUGUUUCACAUAUUUAUUGUAGAAAUCCUUCCUGCAACAUUGAAUCACAUGUCUCACUUUUUAAUAUUGUUAUUUAUUGUUAUUAUUUCAUGGUCCAUAGGCCAACAUAGUACUUAAUCAGUACUAUUUGUUUUAAAGGUUGAGGGUCCAAUUUCAGAGUUUACUUCUUUUAUACCUGCCUGUAUCUUCUCUCUAUCUGUCAUCACAUGUCUUAUGUACAUGUUAUGUACAUUUGUCAAUACUAACCAACAAAUAUAGGCUAGUUGUGUCAUCUGGUUCUAGCUGUAGCUCUUGCAAUUCGGGCCAAUUGUGUGAUUUCAGGAGGCAUUCAAAAAAGGUGACAAGAAGUGCUGGUAACACAUGGAAUUUGUUGCUCUUGAGCUUAUAUCACAGUUUUAUUUAUAUUAAAUUGCUGCUUAGUAAACAGCAAUAUGUUUCUUGCGUAUGAUCCUCAUAUUUAUUUUGACUAUUAUAUUUUCAGGGAUCCAAGUGACUGGCAAGCUUGGAGAAAACAGAAAGUUUGUGGAGUUCAAUGUAAUCUAUCAGACACCCAAUGUGCAAAUCAAAGUGUCAAUGGGAGAAAUUAUACUGAAUGAUCAGGGCAAUGUGAACUCUUUCCCAUGGACAAAGAAUGCAUCUUUAACAACUAGAGGGUAAAAUUUGAUAUUUUCAGUUUCUUUCCAGUGUUGGUUGGUUUGACUUUGAGGCUAUACCUAAUGCUACUUUUACAUUCUUGAAUUCCUAAACUUGCAUAAUUUUUCAAAGUGCAAGCCGAACUGUUCAUGCAUCCAAAUAACAGCAUUAAUGUGAAAUUCAGUGGAUUCCCUCAUUUUGGGACUUUAAAAAAUAUUGGUUUUCUCUUUGAACAAAGCAUUUUAAUUUCCUAUGAACUGAGGUAGGUGCUUCAUAAUAUAUGUUAGCUUAGACUGGCGAGAAGCAGUUAGUUGGCCAGAAAAUAAUGAAAUUGACUCAGUAUCUCAAGCUGAAAUGUUUCAGUGAAUUGUGCCCACUGAGCUUUGUUCUGGUUUAUUUCGUGGCUUGGAUGUCACAGCAUCCAGAUACAAUUGGCAGUGGUGCCGUUUUGGACAGCCUUACUGGAGGGGGUGUUGGGGGCAUAGAGUUACAGUGACACCAAUCAUGAGAUUAUAUCUUGCCCCCCAUACUUUUUAACACCAGUGCGAAACAACUGAAGCUAAUCUUAGGAAGACAGUGGAACCCUGAAUUGGUGUCUGGAGAGUGUCCUAAUCAAAAUCAAAUGAUUUCAAUUUCAGGAGCUGAUUUUACCUUUAAAUGUAAAGCCCUAAAUAGUUUAGGGUCAAGUUAUUUGCAGGAACCCUAUAAACGUGCUAAAGCAAGAUGGUAGCCGCCUGAGACAGAAUCUUUUCAAUUGUGGCCCCACAUCAGUGGAAUCUCCUCCUCAAAGAUCUUUGUAAGACACCUUUUUGGUUGUUUUUACAUGGUCUCUUAAUUUUUUUUUAGUUUUCUAAGCUUUCCCUAAUGAUGACUUUGUCUUUCAAUGUUUAAGCCUCUCACUCUAAUACAGUCUUAUAUUGCUUUUUCCAUGGUGUUCAAUUUCUAUUCUGAUUGUAAUAAUUUUUACCUGUUGCUGGUAACUAUUGUGUCAUAAGAAGAGUGUAAAUAUUUUUUAAAAAUAAGAAAUGCAACAAGAACCAAAUGCAGAAAUACCUAUUAUGCCACCUUGAAAUUGGGAUUGCAGAUCAAGAGGUAAUUCAGGGAAUAUUGAAUUGUUACAAUACAUAUAGUGCCACAACUCUACAAACAUUUGGUAUUCUAUAGUAAUAAUGUAUAUAUUUCUAUAUAUUAAUAUUUAUUCAUUUAUUUCAACAUGUAUAUAUUUAGAAAUAACAGCAUCACUUCCUUCCUAGGUUGAGCUUUCUUAUUGAAAAGGAAAGGAGUCUUUCACUAUCAGGACCAGAUGGUAUCACAAUACAAGUUUACUAUAUGAAGAACCCUCUUAAUUUCCUUGGAUUGCACUUCAAGAAUAGUGAACUUUUUUCUAACAACAUUGUUGGACUUUUUGGUAUGUAUUCAGAUUUUGCAAUGAGGUAGCAAUCAUCAUGCUAUUUACCAGUAAGCUUGGUUUUGAUGUAGCACUAUAACUUAAUAUUGUAUAUCCUUGGAACAACGCUGAAAGGAAAUGAGCAUGAAUGUCUCUACAUUUCAGAUGGAGUGGGGAUGAGAAGGGGAGCCCUGAUUUAGUGGCUUUCCUAAGUCACCUAGUCAGUUCAUGACACCUUAAGUUAUGUUUCAACUGGCAACUGUCUGGUCCACAGCUCAAUCUCUCCGUCACUACACCAAUACUUGUGAGAAUUGGGGUGGUGCGGCUACAUGAUUGUCAGGAGAGCCACCGAAGAUCUUCCUCAGUUUCCAGGCCCAACCUGAUGUUCUUACUCCUAUCUUUGGAGAGGGAACCCGUGUCAGACUCUUGGCCAUGGCUGCCUCCUCCCUGGGGCUCACCGUUCCUCAAGUACAAGGCAGCUCCACCUCAGAAAAGUGGACAACUGUUGAAUAAAUGUCUAGAGAAAACUCGGAGAAACUCUGAGCUUGUUGUUUUAUGAGUAAAACUACCUUCUCAUGUUUAAUUAUUGAUUAUUAUUCAUAGUAGGCGCAAAGUGUACUGCAGUCUAUCCAUUUUGUUUGCUAUAGGCCUGUCAAAGGCCAUGGUGAGCUGCCCCCCCAAAAAAACACUUCCAUCAAGAACUACACUAGACGGUAGUCAACUGCAUCCUAAAAUCAAGCAGGAAUUAGCCUUUAUUGGAAGGGGGGUGGGACGCGUAUUGCAGCUGCUCCAGCAUAGCUUUGAGAACUGCAGUUAUUUUCCUGUGUUUUUCUUUGUGUUCCCCAGGUCAGUUUUACUCUAAUAAACGUCUUCAAAGACACAGCAAUAGAAAGAAGACAUUGACUGUACAAGGACAAUCAUAUAGUUUCACAAGGUAAAAGCCACAAAAAAACACUUGUUGUAGACUAUAUGAGUGUGUGUGUGUGUGUGUAUGAGAAACUUGUUAAGAUAUCCGUACUUUGUCUUCUUUUCUCUAGCUAAAAAUGCCCAGGUACUCUGAGCUUCUCUUUCACUACAUACCUUACACUGCUCUGCAAUUUGGGAGGGGGCGGUAUUUUACAUGAAGAAUGUUGAAAGUGAUAUUAAAAUAUAGAAAAUUGGAAGUGUUUUUCUGCAAAUGCAGCUCAAAACAGUGUUGUCAUGAAUUUUCAUAUCAGCAAAGUAUUUGUGGCCCUUUAGGACCCUCAAGGAACAACCCACACCUUUUCUAUGCACAUAAAUAUAUAUAUAUUAUGCUUGAAAUGCAACUUUCCCCCAACUCAAAAAUUUUGAGUCAUCCCCAUGCCUUUCAGGUCUUCAGCACAUUCAUUAACCUCUCCCUUGUUACUAGCUUUCCUCAGCCAGUUCCCCCCGUCUUUGCCAACAAAAAAAAGUUACACUUUGUGAAGGAGCGGGGGGUUAACAUCAAUGGGGAGGGCUUAUUGAGUCCUUGGACCCAAUGUCAUGCCAACCCUUACCUUGCCUGCUGCUGUCAAUAAAGAUUUGGCCUGGUUUUAUCCCAUCACCAUUGUGCAGUCUUCUUGUUUUGCUGCUCUCAUGGGUCACAUAAUGCGCCUGCCUGGGCAAAUGAAUUUUGCUAUGCAGUUCUCCAACCAACCAAUAUUUUCAAAAAUGCAUAUAUUAGGGGGAAAUGUGCAUACAAAUGUUAGUGAAAAUGACAUACAAAAUGCAUUAUAUUAGAGGAAAUUAUAUUAAGAAAUGUGUUCAUUAGUAAAAAAACACAUCCCAAAAUGUGUUUAUUAGGAGAAAUUUGCAUUGAAUGUUGAUGAAUCUUCAUGAGGAUUUUUCAUUUUUAUACUGUGAAUUGCUGCACAAAUGUGGAGGGCUGAAUUUAAGAUGGAAAAAAAUGAGAAAUGGAGAUAAGUGAAAUUGGCAGAUCCUUUCAUCCCAUUUGCAAAGGAAAGGGGGUUGCUAGCAAAAAUCAGGGGAAUGGCUAUAAAUGCAGUCACGUUAAAACAAAAAUCUUUUGCAGGGGAAUAACUGAGAAGCCCAUGUGACUUUCAAGGGGGCUUUUACUUUCAAUGAGAACUUAUUGUUCUUUUCUCUUUCGUUUUUAAGGCAAAACAAGAAAGAUUACAGGAUUGAAUCGGGAGCCAAUGUCAAUUUUGCCUGCUGGUCACUGGAUAUAACUCCUUGA